CACAGAGCAGUGAACAAUCACCCUGUAACUAACCGGAUCCGAUGCAGGCAGCAAACGCAGAUACAAAGGUGCCAGAGGGCCUCAAGAGAAGUCACCUAAACAUUGGGGUUCUUGAGGAGUUUGCCCAAAAUAUGGCCAAGAACAUAAUCCAGUCAUUACUAAGUCAAAUGGAAAUGGUGGAACGUAAGGUGGACAACCAGGCAUCCAGAUUUAAUCAGAAUCAGGAGAUGUUGGCUGAAGAGUUAGCCUCCGCAGUGGUUGAGGUCGCUCUGAAGGAAGUGUGUAGAGGUCAAAAUGUUGGGGAUCACAAAGAGGGAUCAGCUGAGACAAAGAUGGGUGGUGGACGGGCAAAAACUCAGCCUUUUCUGAAUGAAUCUGACAGCGAGAGACCCACAGAGAUAGAUCUAGGCAAAGAAAUCCAGACCUCCAAAGACACCCAACCUUGUCCUCCACCUCUGUCCCAGUCAGGGUUCCCAGUCGUGGGAUCCCUCGACUACCCAGAUGCUCCCCCGACCACGCCUCUCUUCCCCGAGCUUGAGAGGAGCAGACACAGUUUUGCCAGAAAGCUAAAAGGAGGCUUGGCCAAGGUUUUCUUGCCUUCACCUCCUCCACCAACCCCAAAGGACAAAGAGGACGAUUUGGAUGGAGGCGACCCCCAAGUGGAGUUAAUGGAGCAUCUGAUGCGCUCAUUGUCCACAGAUGAUUUGGCAAGAGACUAUUUUGAACCUCAUAUUGGAGCCAAGAUGGAGGCUUUUGCAGAGGCUCUUUCAUGUGAAAUCAUUGACUGGGUCUUGAAGGAAAAAAACGGAGAGCAGAUGGGUGACGAUCUUCAUCUACUGGCUCACCAACUGGCUGCAACCAUCAUCUCAUCCUCCCUCGAUGAAGCUAAAAUGCUUGUCUAGCAUUUUAUGUGAUCAGUGGGAUCAAAUUUGUGAUGACUGGCUUUUAGGCACAAACACAUAAGAACAAAAAUAUUGAUAUCCACACACGUUACCUCCAGGCUGACUGCUGCCGCCUCACAUUCUCACUGAGGUGUGGUUUACUGCAAUAAUAUUGCUCUAUAGUCUGAGUUUCUUCCUCAGUAAAGUUCAGUUAAAGCUUAUCCAGAUGAGUACGGUUGUGAAAUAUUAACUAUUUAUUGCAAAAACUGAUCAGAGAUCCAACAAAAAGACAGACAAAAUCUGGCACUUUUAAUGACACAUAUAUGCUGGAAGCUGUAUAUUCUGGAUCCUGGAUGAUGAAAAUGAGGUACUGGGUUUUGUCCAAGAUGGAUAAAAAGUACAUUGGCUGGAAAACUUAUGAUUCUGAUGGCAAUUUUGACUGGGAUCCAACUGCAAAACCAUAAAUGUCCUGUAGAUAGCAUCACAGGAGCAAUGAUCUUCAGCAUGCGGUCAGUGAGGUUAACCUGACUGAAGUGGUUUUUCUAUAAAUAUGAAUGACAAAUGGUUAAAGCUUUACUUUUCUUACUGGCAUUUUUAAUAACUUGCUUUAUUUGUCUUGAUUUUGCUUCAACAAUCAAUAUCCCACCACAAGUAAAUGGUGCACUACACCGCUUUACAAGUGUGGUGCCGGGAAGUUAUUUGGUUAUUUCCGCUCGCAAUCGACCUAAAAAUCUUUAUAGAUUCAGUGAUUCAUUUAUCCCCUGGACUGAGCUGAAUAGUGGCAUUUGGGAUGAAGUUGUGUUCUGGCUCAUUUUCAUACUCACUCACUUACUGAAGUCAGACCCGAGAGAAGAAGGAGCCAUGGUGCUUAACCAAAAUAGAGAUGUGAUCCUGCAGAAUAAUAAAAAAAAUGUUUUUCUUU